AUGGAAACACCAAAACUGAAGUUGGCUGUCGAGGAGUUGGAGAUGGAUCAUCUCAUGCUCCAGAUCCAAAAUGGUAGAAUGCUUGAUGACCUUUCUCAAACCGAGACUGAGAAGUUAAAGUCAUAUGCAAUUAAGAAGUUCCGAACUCUUUGUGGUGAGAUCCCAAUGGCACCUGGAUUCCCAAUGAUACAGGGGGGAAGUGUCUAUUUGAUGGAUAAGUGGAUCAAGGAUCCAUCUGAUAAAGAGGAUGAGAUGAAGACCUGUGAAGGAGAGAACAGCAAGUCUGGUGGUGCGGACGAUGCCUAA